AUUGCAUGGAGCGGAUGUAGCGGCUUGUGUCUUAUUCAUUGAGUUUUUAUUGUCUUUUCACUCAAAUAAAAAAUAAAAUAAAAGAUAGAACAUUUACGUUUAGUGCGCCAGGAGAAACGCUGAAGUGAUGCCCCCACAUUGUAAAGUAAAGCAGCGUUAUCACUGGUGUGUUGUUUUUAUGUUAUACUAGUGCGGGCAACUCGAUCUUAAAUUCUCCCGGAGGGAAUAACGUUGCUUGUCGUGAGUGCUGCUAGUGGUACUGCGCGUCUGGAUUUCAGAAGGAAGACUAACCUCCGCUGAACAUAAAUGAAAAGUGAUUCAACCGUAGUGAACGGUCAACCACGUCUUCCAAACACGGAGAAGGACACACAACCAACAUGAUUAAGUUCUUCCUACUGAAGAAACUGAACAAACAUUUCAAAUUCGUCUUUAUUGGAUGCGUGGUGGUGGUGGGGCUGUUGGCUACAUAUCUAGAGUACAUGGCGUCUGUGAACCCACAUCAUCCCCGGAACCCUAUGCUUCUGGCGAAAGAAGUCCAGUCAGACCAGCAGCACAGCAAGUGGAAGAACCUGGAGCAGAGCUGGAGUCCUGAGUUCAGAGGUCAAGUUAAUUUGCACAUCUUUGAAGACUGGUGUGGCAGCACUGUGGAGCAGCUCAGAAAGAACCUGCACUUCCCUUUGUAUCCCCAUAAGCGCACGAUGGUGAGAAAGCUGGCUGUGGCUCCACGGUGGAAGGACUACGGAUUGAGGCUAUUCGGGUACAUCCAUCCCUACGAGGAGGGGGAGUUCCAGUUUGCCGUGGCCUCGGAUGAUAACUCAGAGUUCUGGCUCAGCAGAAACGAGAAGCCGGAGGAGCUGCAGCUGCUGGCCUUCGUAGGGAAGAGGGGCAGAGAGUGGACGGCCCCAGGGGAGUUUGAAAAAUAUCCAAGUCAGAUCUCUCAGCCUGUACACUUGUCGAUGAAGAGGUACUACUUCGAAGUGCUCCACAAGCAGGACGGAGGAGGCACAGACCAUGUGGAAGUGGCGUGGAGGCUGAGGCAGGCAGGCUCCCAGUUCACACUGAUCUCUUCCAGGUCUCUGUCUCUCUACACUAACGAGUCCUCUCUGCUGCUGGACGAGGUGCUGCACAUCCCCCAGUCCCCCGCCAGUCACCGUCGAGCCAGCUGGCACUCCACUCACACCGCUGAGAUGCUGAAGUCAGACCCGCGGGACUCCUUCCACCUGCUCCCUUUCAUUAAUGAGUCCCACCUGGAGCAAGUCCUCCCCGACUGCAUCUACAGCCCCAGCUACCUUGUGAGUCCAGGCUACACGCUGGUGCGUUACCAAGGCCUUCACUUCGUGCAUCUGUCCUACGUUUACCCAAACGACUACACCAGACUCACACACAUGGAGGCUGCAAACAAGUGCUUCUAUCACAGGGACGCCUAUCACUCAGACAGCAGAUCGGGGUUUUCCAGAUUCAUGAGGAUGGAUCCUCCAAAGCGUUCGAAGCAGCAGAAGAUGAGCUGGGUGGGCCGAGAUCGGGAGGUCCUGGAGAGGAAGAGAGAGCGGCAGAGGAUUCAGGGCCAGCGUGAGAAGGAGGGGGAGCUGGAAGUGCAGAGACCAAGGCAGAGGACAAGGGUGAGGUGGGGGGAGGGGGUGAAAGAGGAGAGACUCAAGCCAGUGAAGCGCGUGGAUUAUGGAGAUCCUGACAUCUCUGAGCACAGGAGAAAGCUGCUGUCUGUGAACGCCAGCGGGACGGCGGGGGGAGGCGGGGUCCCAAACAAGCCUGGAAGGAGAGCAACAGCAACACCCGGGGUGAAGCCCAUCCUGACUCCGGGGACUCUGAGGCUUAAGCGCAAGGAACUCGCUCGCAUAGCCAGGGCGCGCAGGCUGCAGACCGGGCAGAAGAUGGUGGCGAUGGGGCCCGCUGGAAAAGGCCAGGAGGUCCUCUUCUCAUGGCCGAACUGGGAGCAGGAGAACGACGGGAAUGACAUGUAUAUGAAACCAGUUUUAUACGACCAGGCUGUGGACUGGGAGCAGACCUUCAAUCUGAUGAACAUGGACUUCGCCGACCAGCGCUCGGACUGGAUAGACCUGAACUGCAACGUGUCCGGGAACCUGAUCCUGAGCGAGGCCGAGGCCCUGGGGGUGGUGCAGAGCUACAUGGAGAAGCUGAACGCCAGGAACAAGGGGCUCUACUCUCUGAAGCGUGUUGUGAAUGUGGAGAAGCGUCUCGACCCGGUGAAGGGUAGCCGCUACCUGCUGGAUCUGGAGCUGCUGGAGGGUGGGGCGCGGGUGCUGCGCCUCUCGCAGUUCGUCUUUGUUCUGAACCCCCUGCCCCCUGUCCAGUGGGGCUCCCCUUGGCUCCUCCCCCGCCCUGCCCCCCCGCCUCCCACAGAGCCACAGCUGUGCCGCCCGCAGGGUCUGACCCACAGGAACGAGACCAUGGUCCACUUCAUCGUGCCAGUGAAGGACCAGGCUCGCUGGGUGCAGCAGUUCAUCACAGACAUGGAGGAGCUGUACAGAGAGACCAGGGAUGAGAACUUCAACAUCAUCAUCACUGACUACAGCAGCACUGACAUGGAUGUGGAGAGAGCACUGAGACGAGCAGCACUGCCCAGGUUCCAGUAUGUCAAGCUGAAGGGGAACUUCAAGCGCUCUGUGGGCCUCCAGUCGGGCAUCAACCUCAUCCAGAGUAACAGCAGCAUUGUGUUCCUGUGUGAUCUUCACCUUCACUUCCCCACCUCCAUCCUCGACAGCAUCCGCAAGCACUGUGUGGAGGGCAGGCUGGCCUUCGCCCCCAUUGUCCUGCGCAUGGACUGCGGGGCAUCUAUACAGGAGCCAGACGGUUACUGGGAGGUGAAUGGAUUCGGAUUGCUGGCACUCUACAAGUCGGACCUGGACUCUGUGGGUGGGAUGAACACCAGGGAAUUCCAGGAUAGCUGGGGCGGAGAGGACUGGGAGCUGCUGGACAGGAUUGUACAGGCAGGGCUGGAAGUGGAGCGGAUUUACCUGAGAAAGUUCUUCCAUCACUUCCACAGCAAGAGGGGGAUGUGGAACCGGAUCCUAACUGAGGGGAACCAGGCUGAGGGACCCCUCUGAAUGAACUGAGAGUAGAGACAGGAGACAACUGUAUGAAUCUACUGAAUAACUGAGCAAGGAGAGCAGGCAGCUCUUACUGAAUGAAAUGAGAGUGCUUUGAGAGGGUGGGUGAUGUUUUUUUUUAAUCUGUUUCGGGGUGGAGUUGUAAACACAGAUGAAAUUUGGCCUUGAAGCACAAAGAGGCCUGGUUUCUGAGUGUGUCUUGUAGUCAGACUUUGGGAGCUGGCUCUUAUGGGACAUUUUAGACUGCAGAUUUAACCUUGCAAAAAAACAAUGAUGUUCUUGACUGUAGAUGGUGUGCGCUGGUGGCUGGUGUGCUGUUUGCAGGGGAGCACUGGGAGCCGGCAGACCCAGCUGGAAAAUCUGGACUCAUUGACUGAGCUACAGCACAACCUGGAAGCUGAGUGGACACAUUGUACUCCAGCUGGAAUAGCUACUCUGGUGGACAUGCACAAACACAAGGUCUUCUCUGGUGGACAUGCACAAGCACAGGGUCUUCUCCGGUGGACAUGCACAAGCACAGGGUCUUCCCCGGUGGACAUGCACAAGCACAAGGUCUUCUCUGGUGGACAUGCACAAGCACAGGGUCUUCUCCGGUGGACAUGCACCAGCCAGGGUCACUGGUGGACAUGCACAAGCACAGGGUCUUCUCCGGUGGACAUGCACCAGCCAGGGUCACUGGUGGACAUGCACCAUCCCAGGGUCAUCUCGGGGUCAUUGAGGGCCCCCUGUUGCUCAAGGCGAAUACUUGAAAAUAAGGAGAGAUUAGGAAAGAGGUGACGGCAGUUUUACUUUUACAUGAAGGGGGUUAAAAGUGUUUCAAAGUAUUUGCUCAGAAUUCUGCAGGAGAUUUUGUUUUUGAAGUUCAGAUUGUUGGCACCAUAAGAGCCAAGAGCCAAGAGCCAAGAAAGAGCGUUGAACUUUUAUUGAAAGUGAUGUUUUUGCACCAUCACAAUAUCCCACAUGAACACUGAGGUUGUGCUAAAGUACUGGCAAUGUUAGACCUAGAUAUAGACUGACAGUGCACACUCCUCUCUAAUGAAUUAUGCUGUUAGUGGUACUGAACUGGGAGGAAGUCUAAUGGGUGUAGAGCGGCACACUCACAUUAUUCUGAUCCAGCUCCCCACAGGUGAGGGGCGCUGGUGUCGAUCGGGCUCAUUUACCAUUCAGAGUGAAACAAGUGAAGAAACAGCUGCUUGGGUUUGUGUGGAUCGCUGUUCUCCAGGGUGUCUAAGAAAAGCAGCCAUCAUCACAAACCCCAGCAGCUGUUUUUUUUUUGCCUGUUUGAAAUGGUAAAUUAGCCCAGUCAACACCAAUGACCUGUGCCCGAUUUCAAUGCAGAGCUUGAUAAUCGAAUGAUCGCUUGGUGCAGCACUACAGGGCUGUCAGUUUCUCAGUGAACGCGUCUCCCUCGAGAGGAGAUGCUACCGAUUUACUUCCUGUGCACUUGGCUCCCUGCAGCAGUCCAGCUGCAAUUGGACCACAUGACCCACAGUGCAGGAACUGAUCAGUAUUGAGGAAGUCACUAAAUCUGCAUUUCCAAAAUGAAAGUUAAAUUACCAUAGAAAGACCAAAGAACUGAAAGAUGUUCAGCACAGCCUCGAGUAGGAGCAGCCUGCAGAGCUUAAGAAAGAUCAGAGUCUUGCACAGACAGGAUGAGGUCAUAGAAAGACCAGAGUAUGGCAUGAUUUCUCUGAAUCAGAAAGCACAGACAGGUUGAGCUCGAUACCAUCUACAGGGAAAGACAUAAGACUCCCAUUGCAUAGCAGUCUGAUCCAUUCCUGAACUUACUGGAAGACACACCUGAGCUUGUUGCCUGUACACUAGUGCAAAUAAAGCUCAUAGUAAAACCUGAAAUGGCUGAAACUGCUAUGCCAUAGGAGUCUUAUUUCCAUCCCUGGCAUUUAUGAUAAAUGUGUGUUUUGAAACAGUGCUAAAAUGAUGCGCUACAGUUUACCAUGUUGUUUUAAUUUAGUGGAUGGGGUUGGAUUGUGAAAGCUAUUUCCUCCAAAUUGUCAUAUGCAAAUUUUUAUUAUUAUUAUUUAUUUUUUAGCAGACACCCUUAUCCAGGGCAACUUACAAUUCUUACAAGAUAUCACAUUAUUUUUUACACAUUAUUUUUACAUACAAAUACCCAUUUAUACAGUUGGGGAGUGUGGGGGGGUAGGGUUAGGGUUAGGCUGGGUGAGGGGAGUGUGGGGGCAGCAGCUUCAUGGGACAGAGUUUCAGGCAAUUGAUUCUAAGCUCUCAAGUCUCUCAGGUAUAGAUCAUCCCCUCACACAACAUUGUUAUCUUCUUUUGUUCUGUUUUAAAGAGCAUUUUAGCUCUAAAGAGAUGCUUCAAGAACUGAUCAUCCUUCUGUGUCAGUGACCUGUUUCUAUGGAUACUCAUAGUUUUGGUACUUGGGGCUGUAACAUUUCUGUGAAAAUGUAUUUGUGUGCAAUCAUGGUUUUGUUUUUUGUGUUUUAAGGAGUUCAAGGAGAUUAUCCCAGCAGUUGUAGUGUGUAUAAUUAAAACAGACCUCAAGGAGU